AUGAAUUUAUUGGAGAAAUUUAUUAAGUUGAAACCACCGGUGUUUGAAGGUUCAACUGACCCCCUCGUAGUUGACAAGUGGAAGGAAGAUAUAGAUAAGAUUUUUAUGGCUAUGAGGUGUACACAAGUGCAGAGGCAACAACUAGUUGUUUUUCAAUUAUAUGGUGAAGCAAGGAAGUGGUGGAACAAUGCAUCAAUAGGCUUGAAUCUAGAUACUCUGACAUACAUUCAAUUUUGUGAACGUCUCGAUACGAGGUAUUUUCCAGCGACUGUCAGAGAUAAGAAGAUUAUUGAGUUUGCUGAAGUGGCACAGAAUAGAGGUGAAUUAGUGGAUGAUUACCCUGAUAGGUACAUUAGGUUAUCUCGUUUUGCAAUGUUUAUGAUACCCGAUGAAGAAAAAUCUUCUAGGAAAUUCGAACGGGGUCUUGGCGACCAUAUUCGUAGCAAAGUUGUUAGUUAUUGUUUUCCAAACAUUCCAGCAAGCUGUUGA